CAGCAACAGCAAACAGAAGCAGCAGCAGCAGCAGCAGCAGCACAGGAGCAGCAGCAGCAGCGAAAGUUGCGGCAACAGCGGAGCAGCAACCGUAGCAGUGGGGGCGUCACAGACCCCAUCAGCACAGCAGCAGCAGCAGCGGCCCAGAACUCAGCAGCAGCAACACCAACAGCAACAGCAGCAGCAGCAGCCAUCAACAACAGCAGCAACAGAAGCACCACGCGCAACAGCAGCAACAGCAACAACAACAGAAGCACCAAGCGCAACAGCAACAGCAGCAGCAGCAGCGGCAGCACCAAGCGCAGCAGCAGCAGCAGCAGCAGCACCACGCGCAGCAGCUGCAGCAGCAGCAGCAGCAGCGGCUCACAGUCCUGCGACGUGUUUUUCCAUUCUUUUGGCGAGUGCAGCAGCUUGCAUGCAAAGAGCCUCAUGUUCUGUUCUGUAG